UGGGUUUUAGGAAUCUCCUCUCUUGUUUGAUGGCUCAGGGCACAAUAUCUGGAAAACUAAUCUAGCUGACCAACUCCCUCAAGAAGAAAGAAAAAUAAGAACAGACUUCGCAAACAGCUCAAGUAACAACAAUCCUCAAGAUGGCAGACAAGGAACAACAGAUCUUCGAACAGGAGGUCAAUAGUCUGAAGGCCAAAUGGGCUAGUCCUCGAUACAAGGGUCUCGUUCGUCCUUACACUGCCGAACAAGUCGUUGGAAAGCGCGGGACGUUGCCAAUCAGUUAUCCUUCGGAAGUCGUCGGAAAGAAGCUUUGGAAUCUUCUCAAUCAACACUACAAAAACGGAACGCCGAGUCACACCUAUGGAGCACUCGAUCCCAUCCAGGUGACUCAGAUGGCCAAAUACUUGGAAACGGUAUACGUUUCGGGUUGGCAAUCCUCGUCGACCGCAAGCUCCACCAACGAGCCUGGGCCUGAUCUCGCAGAUUAUCCUUCCAACACUGUGCCAAACAAAGUGGAGCAUUUAUUCAUGGCACAGUUGUUUCACGAUCGUCGGCAACGUGAGGCCAGAUUAAGAAUGACACCUGAAGAACGAAAGAAAACGCCUCCAGUGGACUAUAUUCGUCCAAUUAUCGCUGAUGCCGAUACCGGCCAUGGUGGUCUUACUGCAGUUAUGAAACUAGCCAAGAUGUUUGUCGAGAAAGGAGCGGCGGGGAUUCACAUUGAAGAUCAAGCGCCCGGAACUAAAAAAUGUGGCCACAUGGCUGGGAAGGUCUUGGUACCUAUUUCUGAGCACAUCAACCGAUUAGUCGCAAUCCGCCUUCAGUUUGACAUCAUGGGAGUCGAGAAUAUAGUAGUUGCCCGUACUGAUGCGGAAGCAGCCACCUUACUGAGUACCAAUGUUGAUGAACGGGACCAUGGUUACAUUCUUGGAACAACCAAUCCUAACGUUGGACAUCUAGUCGACUUGAUGAAUCGUGCCCAAAGCGAAGGGAAAUCCGGAGAUGCAUUACAAAGCAUCGAAGACGAAUGGACCUUGAAGGCCAACUUGGUUUUAUAUUCGGAUGCCGUCGCAGCAGAACUUAAAGUCCGAGGCGCUCCGACCAACAAAAUAGCCGACUGGGUCAAAUCUUCGAUGGGGUUGAGUCACACAGCUGCGAAGGCCUUGGCUAAGAAGUCCUAUGGCAUCGAAAUCUUUUGGGAUUGGGACAUGCCCCGUACUCGAGAGGGCUUUUAUCGCUACCAGGGAGGAACCGGUUGCGCCAUCAAUCGUGCAGUAGCUUACGCACCCUACUCUGAUCUUUUGUGGAUGGAAACCAAGAGUCCAAUCUUGGCUCAGGCUCAGGAAUUCGCAAAAGGGGUUCGCUCUGUUUGGCCAGAUCAAUGGCUAGCUUAUAACCUGAGCCCUUCGUUCAAUUGGGACGCCGCAGGUUUAUCCACAGAGCAAAUGAAGAGCUAUGUUUGGGAAUUGGGCAAGAUGGGCUUUUGUUGGCAAUUCAUUACCUUAGGAGGACUUCACUCCAACGCAUACAUAUCCGAUCUAUUUGCGAAGUCGUUUGCGAAGGAAGGUAUGAAAGCCUACGUUGAAGAGAUCCAACGAAAGGAACGAGAGAUUGGCUGUGAGGUCUUGACGCACCAAAAGUGGUCGGGGGCAGACUAUGCUGAUAAUUUGCUCAAGACUUGCACUGGUGGAGUGAGCUCGACUGCCGCUAUGGGCAAGGGAGUUACCGAAUCCCAGUUUGGGGGUCAUUGAAUUGAAGCAAGAGUCGAACUCUAGCCCUUUGUCGUCGAAAAUCAAUCGGUUCCUGAAGGGACCCAUUUCAAACCUCUUUCCAACUGUUUCGAACCAGAUCGUUUUUUACUUGUCGCAAAGACCGAUCCAUUUUCUAUGAUUCUCUCUUCCAGCACUCCAAAACUGAUCCUGUAUAUUUCAACUAAAUCCCAAAUCAUACUUGUAUUUUUCAAGCAUCUUUUGAUCCAUUGUUUUUUGUAUUAUGGUGUGCUCAAAAGGACUUAGAUUUUGUAGACUUACAUUGAUGAUUACGGUUACAUAUAAACUGUUUCCUUAGAAAUAAAUGAUAGCUUUGUAUUUAAGUAAGUAUCCAUGUUACUUCAGACCAAGCACAUCUGAUUUUAAA